CAACAUCAUAUGCGGCCCCGAUGGCACGUGGGCCAGGCCGGUAGUAAUUCGAGUCUCCAGCAGCUGCAGUGUAUCUAUCACGGAUGAACACCAUGGACGAGACAGAAACAAAUCAAGUCAAUCAUCACCCCGCGACUGUGUCGUCUGAUGCUAGCCCUCCAAAGCCGAAGCAGACCCGACGACAUCCCAGCAAAGCCUGCAAUGAAUGCAAGCAACAAAAGUUGAGGUGCAGUGCUCCGACCGACUAUCCAGAACCGUGUUCUCGAUGCAAGAAGUUGGGGCUUACCUGCAAAGUUGAAGACGGGUUCCAGCGCGUCAACAAGCGAAGGAGGACCGAAGCUCUGUAUCAAGAGAAUGCGAACCUGAAGCAGCAACUAGGCGCAAGCCGGUCUCCUCCUGAAUCCGUCAUUGACCAGAACGGCCGGGAGGAGACCCAGGAUCCAGCAACAAACGAGCAAUCGAAUCAAGCAAUUUCCACUUCGAAUUCGUUUCUGAACAACGGAGAGUCCGAAUCGACGAAUGUCUUGCCCAGAUCUUCGACCGUAGAAGCAGAAGUACAUUUUACCCCGUCCUGGAAUCAACCAUUUGCUCAAGGCUCGACACGACAUUCUCCGCAUUCAACUGCGACUGUGUCUCGCUCCCUUGCAGGAAUGACGGUCGAAGCAGAUGAAAUCGAUGAGAUUUUCAGACUGUACUUUGCACAUUAUCAUGCCCACCUACCCUUCCUCGACCCCAACAUCUCACCAAACAGCUACUACGACCAAUCUUCUUUGAUCUUCUGGGCCAUCAUCGGCGUGGGCGUCCGUAGAUACACUGCGAACCCGACGUUAUUAGGCUCUCUCGCCGAGCCUAUCCUUCAUCUUGCCUGGCCACCUCUCCACCCCACUCCGGCUGUGAUUCCAGCGAUCCAAGGCCUCCUGCUCCUCUCGUCGUUUCCUUUCCCUACCGACUCGACGUCCAAAGACACCUCUUACACUCUAUCCGGCAUGGCAAUCAACCUGGCCCUACAAAUCGGUCUUCACGUCCCCACAUUCUCCCAAGACUAUAGCAGGUCCAAAAUGACCUUGACGCAAGAAGACAUUCAACGUCGCCUGCAACUUUGGUUCCAUUGUAUCGUCGUGCAUCAGAAAGCCGCGUGCGGAUUAGGCUACCCGAUCAUGGUAUCUCCCGACCAACUCCAGAGGCAAAUGGACCUGCGUGGCCUCAUGGACUCGAUGACUCCUCUGUUGUUACUCGAGAUGAGACUCGGUAGCCUCCUCAGCCGUGUCAACACCCUGUUCUCACCUUCGACGUUCCGUGUCGAGGAUGCUCAGGACAAGCAUUCCCGCUUUGCGCGAGACAUGAUGUCUGACACUUUUGAAAACCAACUUGAUGAACUCGAGUCGGAGCGGAAAUUAUCUGAACUUGAAAAACUCUACAUCGACAUAACACGUCUUCAAAUACGGGUGCAUUGCCUACAGGACCGGGAGAACCCAGCGACGAGUGUCAAAGUGACUCAAUUGGGUCUGUGCGCUACGUCCAUCAUCGAAUCCAUUGAACGACUCGAGGUUGAAAUGUCCCUCAUCCAACAUUGUCCACACUACAUAUUCCGCAUGACGGCUCUCGCGGCGUCGGUCCUCCUCCGUCUGUCGAAACAAUCUCGACCCACGUCGUCACGACCACGAAAGACCAGCGUCGGUGACGACCAGAACAACAGUAGUGGCAGCACCACCACCACCACCCGCCAAAACCACGCCAGACAGCGGUACAAGACUUAUUUCUUCCAGACGAUAUCCCUCUUGCGAAAAAUGUCGGUCGAGAGCAACGACAUGCCGAGUCGAAUGGCCAAGAUCUUUUCACAGCUCUGGAGCAUCGACAAGAUCUUUGAGCAGACGACGACGACGACGACGUCUUCUGCCACUCCCGCCGCCGCGACGACGACGACGGCUUCUUCUUCCUCCGUCACUGCUACCGCCGCCGCCGACGGUGUCGUGAGCCCAGAACAAGAAUCCUCCACGUCGGCGGUGUCUUCCGCGACAUCCCCUCUCGUCGUGCACAGCAGGUUGUCCAUGAGCGUUUUGCACGACGCCAUGUGGAGGUGGAAGGAUCGGUUCAAAUGGGCCUCUACUAAUUCACAGCCCAGCCGCCGACAUCAACACCAACAACAUCAUGAGCAUCAUCAAAAUCAUCAUCAAAAUCAUCAUCAGAACAAUUCGAGGAAAAUUGGUGGCAUGUCACUGUCGUCAUCAUCGGCGUCGGCAUUACCGUCGAACACAGACCACCACCACCAGCAGCAUCACCAGCAGCAGCAGCACCGUCAUUCUUUUUCCGGUGCCACCACGGCCGAUAAUGGCAACGUGAACGUGAACAACCUCGGAGUGGCCACCGCAACGUCGGAGAAUCAACAACAAUACCCGAGACCGUUGUCCACCAUCCCGCCUGUCUCGGGGGGCUUCACCCCGUCUUACAACUUCUCGACCGUGAACAUGACUCCUGACCUCGCCAACGCCAACGGUACCGACGGCGGUGGUGGUAUGAUGAUGCCGUUCGUCGACAGUUUCUCACCCCUGGGUUCCUUGCCGUGGGACGCCGCGGCGAACCAAGACUUUGAGAUGAUGAUACACAGCUUCCCGGAGUCUUGGCCCGUGUGACGAAAGGAGAUGGACAAGACACACAAACACACGGCGAAAAUCUUUUUCAUCAUGUAGUCAGACGCCGUUCAAAAUUGUUGAUAAAAUGUCUCAAAGAGACAGAGAUUUGGUGUCCGUAAUAUGCAGAUGGCAUCUUUUGUAAGAGUACUCGGUACAUCCAG